UCGCCGGAGCGCCGCUCUGUCAUGACCCUGCCGCGCGGCGGGCCACUGCGUCCCCGAGUCGCUAUGUAAGCGCAGGCCAGGGGACACCCGGAGGGGCUGAAGAUGAGGGUGCCCGCGCAUGGGCCCCCGCUGAUUGCCAACCCCUCCCGAGCCCGCGCCUCGCGCGGAGCCCGCGGCCGCCGAGGACCCGCCUUCGCCGCAGUAGCAGCUGGAGCUGCGACAGAGGCGGCAGCUGCGGCGGCGGCGGCGCCCAUCGCGCGAGCGCACAGAGCGGUGGCGGCAGCUUCGGGGCCGCCGCUGCCCCGGCUGCCAUGAGUUGUGCGGAGGUGAUGUAUCACCCCCAGCCGUAUGGAGCGCCCCAGUAUCUGCCCAACCCUGUGGCAGCUGCAACCUGCCCCACAGCCUAUUACCACCCGGCGCCCCAACCUGGCCAGCAGAAGUUAGCGGUAUACAGCAAGAUGCAGGACUCUCUGGAAGUCACCCUUCCCAGCAAACAAGAGGAGGAGGAGGAGGAGGAGGAUGAGGAGGAGGAGGAGGAGGAGAAAGACCAGCCUGCCGAGAUGGAGUACCUUAACUCUCGCUGUGUCCUUUUCACUUAUUUCCAGGGAGACAUUGGGUCAGUAGUGGAUGAACACUUCUCAAGAGCUUUGGGCCAAGCCAGCACCCUCCAUCCAGAAUCUGCCAUUUCAAAAAGCAAGAUGGGGCUAACCCCCUUAUGGCGAGACAGCUCAGCUCUCUCCAGCCAGCGGAGUAGUUUCCCGACUUCCUUUUGGACCAGCUCUUACCAGCCCUCUCCUGCACCUUGUCUGGGGGGAGUUCAUCCCGACUUCCAGGUCACCACGCCCCCUGGCACCUUUCCCGCCGCCGACCCCAGCCCCUGGGCAGGACACGGCCUGCAUCAGACUGGCCCAGCCCCUCCCCCGCCCGUGUCCGAGUCCUGGCACUACCCUCUGGCAUCUCAGGUGAGCCCAUCCUACAGCCACGUGCAUGACGUGUACCUGCGGCACCACCAUCCGCACGCGCACAUGCACCACCGCCACCACCACCACCACCACCACCACCACCACCCUUCUGCUGGCUCCGCCCUGGAUCCGUCCUACGGGCCCCUGCUGAUGCCAUCAGUGCGCGCAGCCAGGAUUCCUGCUCCCCCGUGUGACAUCACAAAGACCGAUCCGACUACAGCCACCACUGCUACCUCAGCGUGGGCCGGAGCCUUUCACGGAACCGUGGACUUAGUGCCAAGUGUGGGGUUUGAUACAGGUCUACAGCAUCAAGACAAGAGCAAGGAAUCACCAUGGUACUGAAACACACAGUAUUAGCAGGUCAGGUUGGAGCGUGAACCCAUGGGCCCACUGGGAAAAGAUGCUGCCAGGGUUUGUCAUUCUGCAAGGGGACACAACGCAGUAGACGUGGAAGGAGAAGAGGAAGUGUUAUCCAGCUGACUUUGGUUUGGAGCCUUUUCUUGAGAAAGUAGAGUGGGUCCUAGACAUUGAAGAAAAGCAUUUUUGUUUAUUUCUUCCCUCAUCUGAGCCUUUGCCAACUGUGCGACUCUCUUAUUUUUUGUCUUGCUUUUAUCAAUACAAGGUUUAAUUUUUGUUUCAGUUUGACUUUUUUUUUUCUUUUGGAACCAGUCCCCUUGCCAGGAAAAGAUGAACCACAAAGAAAAUGCUCUUUCAGGAAUACAAUUCUGUAGUUCUAUGUGCAUCUAUUUUUGUAGAAAUACAGAAAGUUUGACUUAGCAUCGGUGGGCUAUUUUGAGGGAUGUGUUUUGUUUUUUUUUAAUAUUGUAAAAAUUGUUAAGUUCUGUUUAAAGAACUAGCUCUCAGAGAAGCACUGGCAAAAAUGUUUAAAAUGCUUGUCUUUAAGAUGUCUGUGAUAUGCUCUGUGCUUUCUAGGUUACCUCAAAUGUUUGUUAGUUUCUCCUUUUUACAAAAGUAGCACCAUAACCAAGCCAGUAUAGUAUUGUUUUACAUUAAAUCUCAGAGAAGAUUAAACUCCAUGCUAGCUCACUUAGCUUUGAGGUGCAUGUAUGGCUUGAAAAGGAAGUUUUAAAAUGACCACUCUAAAGAAAGCCUAUUUCAUUGCUUUGAUUUCUCCCAAAGAGUACUUAGAAGUUGACUAGGAAGAAAGUUUGCAUAAACUUUCAAUUAGAUGGAGCAUUUUCCUUGAGUAUAUAACCCUCCCAGUCCAUCCAACUUUGAUAAUUGGAAACAGAGUUUAUAUCCAACUACUGGAAAAAUGCAUUUAGCCAUGCUACUUUUGAGUGCCAGUGACUUCUUUUUCUCAUUUAUAAUUAUUCAUUCAUGGCAAUUUUUGUCAUAUUUUAAGUGAAUUUUUUUCCUGAAGAUAGUUUGAAGGGAAAACAUUUGGGAAAGUACUAGACACAUCACAGAGCCUUUAAUUCAAUGGCUGUUUCUGAGAGUGUUACCCAUCAUUGUCAAUUGAAAAAUAAUGUAUUGCAUAUAUAAUAUUUUAAACAUAGGUUUUUGUAAGUCUUUGUUUAAAUUUAGUUUUAGUUGAUUUAAUUCUUUUUAAGAAAAA